AUGAAUGGAGCUGUGGCACGGGCUGAGAGGAGCUACUGUACCAUCACACUAAUGCUGCCUGUCAACUUCAGCGCUGAGCCGCCGCCGCCGCCGCUCCCCGUCCAUCCAUCAUGUGGUGACCUUCAGCUGGGUGCCCUGGCGGCGGCCCGGGGCACCGGCAGAGUGACUAAUGUCGUCUCAGCCGCCACCAAAGGCCCUGAUAUCCGUCCAGAUAGAAACAGGACAGGCAGGAACAGAAACCAGAGAUGUGGAAGCUACAACAACGUGGCAGAGCCGGAGUACGAUGUGGUGGAUGACCAGGAGGAAAUGAUGCAUGUUCGAAUAUUUCCUGCUAGACCCAUAAACGAUGAGAGAGAGUAUGCAGACAGGGAUCUUCCACGCUCGGCGUCGGCCCACAGCCUCUCCUCCUGCUGCUCUGGCGUCUCCACCCCCCCGAGAGAAACCCCACCUCCUUUAGGGCCUGCAAUAAAUAGAGACCUGAAGCCAGGCAGGAGAAAGACUAGAUUAGUUAGGAGGGUCGCACCUGCGCCGCCAGCAGACCAGCGGUCAAACAGGCGCUCUCCAACGCCGCCGCCGCCGGUCUCAGAGUUAGUGAACCAGCUGUCUGGACUGGUCCUCCGAGAACCCUGCAGGAGAGAUGGACAUAGAGCAGCUAAAAAAACAGAAUUCAAUUCACCUACCAAAGGUCUCCAGAGUGCUGACAUUAUCGCUUCAUCAGCUCAGAACAAUCUAAGACAUUCUCUGGAUCUGGAAACUCAUUCUUUAGAAACAAGGUCACAACAAAGUCUAGAAAGGGUGCCGUCGAAGCGUCAUCACCAUGAGUGGCCUCAAACUAAGGAGGACUUUGACCAACACGACUUUAUUCCGAUGGAGAAACCUCAACAGACCUACUGUGAGGAGGACUGGUAUGUUGGAGCCUGUAGUCGAGCAGAUGCUGAGCACGCCUUACACCUGGUCAACAAGGACGGAGCUUUCCUGGUGCGAGACUGCUCCGUCAACACCAACAGCGAGCCGCUGGUCCUGGCUGUGUACCAUGAGAAGAAGGUUUAUAAUGUAAAGAUUCGAUUCUUCGAGAGCACCAGUAAGUUCGCUCUGGGGACAGGACAACGCUCUAAUGAUAUGUUUAACACGGUUGCAGACAUCAUCAAGUUUCACUCCUUAUUCCCGAUAAUACUGAUCAGUGGGAGAAACAUCAGAUGCCCAGAGAACUGUGUGCUGACGUGUCCCGUAACCAGGAGAGAUGUUGACCAGCUGCUGGAAUAACAAGAAACCGUUCCAGAUAGAAUAAUCUGAUCAAUCCCAUCUGACUGUAACAGAAAUAUUCUCUGAAGCCCCUUUGCUUGUCUCAAUAAAUAACUCACUUUUGUCUAAAUCUGUAACCAAACUUAUUGUCAAUAGGAAUGUAUCUGUUGAUUUUUCCUUCUUUUCCAUGUUUCAGCAGUUUGAAACUCAAAAAUAGUCACUUUGAAAAUACAAAACAUAGAGAAGCAGCACACUCUGGUGGAA